UCGUUCAGCCAUAGCCAGCUAGCCAGCACUCAAAAAGGUUGAAAGCUAUACUCAAGCGCGGUCGCGCCCUCUGGGUAGCAUCAUCGACAAGUCGAAGCCAAGUCUGCCAAGUCGACCAAGCUGUGCACGCAUACGGAAUAGCCGGACGAGCCACCGGGCGCUUAGGCUGCGCUUGCGUUGGUCAACGUUUAUGGUGACGUAAACUGCACGGUGGACGAUCGCCUUUCUACACCUAGUAACGGCCGUGAGAAGCCGAGUGGCUACUAAAGUGAACACCUGCUGGGAGUUGCCGCCGGAGACGACGUCAGUUCUGCUUUAGCACUAGCCAAGUGCUGCCUGGUCCCAAGUUAUCGCUUUGCCUGCCUACAACCUUUUUUUCAUUUGUUGCAUGCUGCAGUACCUGCAACGGGUCGCAGCAAGCAGGCGCACUAGUGUGAGCGUGUUGGCUUGCAUUACCAAAGAUGGUCUUGGCCCACUGAUACGCCCCGAAUUCAAGUUCACUGCUGAAAGGGGGCAGCACCACAACGGUGCCCGACGGCCAUCCAAGUCAGGCGCAGCAUGCUGAGGCGAUCACCGCCCACCCCCACAGUGAGAGCAGCUGAGGCUGCCCUGCCUUCUGUGAAAUCGGUCACAUCAGAGGCCUCUACUAACGCUGGCAGCGGCCCUUGCAGCUCGGAGGCUAAGGAAGAUCCAUCAACCUCCGGACUAGCGAGGCCAUUACGAUUUCAGGGAAGGCAGAUCAAUGACAGACCAGCUUGUCUGCAUGGAAAGGGGUGCCAGACCACCACCACCACGCCUAACCAGGAUGUGGGCAGUGCAAUGGCCCUCGUGCAUCCUUGCUGUGGGGUGAAAUCAAGAUGUCUAUACACCAAAGGCCAUCUGUCACCAAUAGGAUGGAACAGGACUUCAUGUGACACGGUUUGUGGGGCAAAAUGGCAUCCUCGGACAACAAUGGAGCCACCGCACCGAAGGCAGAGGAGGAGAAGGACCACUCGGUGCUGCAGCGGCCCAUCGUGCUAGGUGUGCAGGGUGUGCGGCAGAUAAUGCAGUGCAUGAGCAGUGGCAGCCGCGAGGUCAAGGACGUGCUACUCAACGAGUGCAGCGUGCUCUUCGAGUGCAAAGUGUGCCGCAGCCUGUUCCGCAGCCUGGCCAACCUGUUGGCUCAUAAGCGCGUCUACUGCACGCAACACUUGUGUGAGGCAAUGCCACUAUGUGCGCUCUCGGCGCCAUCGGAGGAGCCGCCACAGCCGAGCACCACUGCCGAGUUGCAGCUGAUGCCCAUUGUGGGCACCGCGAGCGCUGUGUACCAGCGGGUGCACCAUGAGGGCAAGCAGCCGCAGCAGCCGCAGGACAAGGGACCGUCCUCGAGCCAGGCGACCUCAUCUCGGACGAGCUAUCUGUCGGCGCGCAGUGACUGCGACCUGUCCCGGCUGAUGUGCCUCAACUGCGACACGACGUACACAUCUGUCAAGACGCUCUACUUGCACAUGGUGUCAUUGCACUCGACUACGCGCCGCUACUACCCGUGUCCCUUGUGCCGCGCCAGCUUUGUGCAGAUGUGGGGAGUCACACGCCACCUUGUAAGUGUGCAUGGUCAGACCAAGGAGCAGAUUGUUCAGCUGCGUGACAGCAUCCGUGGUGGUGUCCAGCUGCGCAAGAGCCGACUGCAGCACAUGGUCGACUGCCUGCUGCGUAACAAUGGCACUGCCACGGUCUGCAGCCGGUGCGGACGGCCAGCCACUGCCUGCCCUUGCCACCACCACCGGGCGGACCGACCAGCCAAGGCCCGCCGCAAGGGCGUGCCGCGGCGUAGGCUGCCACUCGUGUCGAACGCAGACAGGACUAGUGGUGCUGCCACCGUCGACAGGACAGUGCAGCAGCAACAGCGCAGUGCCAACAAGCGCAUCUCACCGGCCAUGGAACGCAAGAUCCUGGCCAUCAUUGACUACGACCGGCUAGCAUGCCUGCGGUGCGAGCGGCUCUUCUCAAGCUUCUCGAGCCUUCGCCGGCAUGCGGCCGUGCACUUGGGCUACAGCCGGUACCAGUGCACUCGCUGCAGCUACCAGUCGUACAACCGUGCCGACUGCCGCAGCCAUGUGCAGCGCGUGCACGCGGACGCAGCGCAUGAUGCCGAGCGCAUGAUUGUGCACGUGCCGGGCGAAGAGGAGGGCGGCCACCCAAUGGCUACGCGCUUCCCGCGCCUCGACUCGCUCUCUACACUGGUCACUCGCUCGGGCGCCUACCCCAAGAGGCCACCGCCUCUCGGGCCUCAAAAGUAGCACGCUCGGUUGCUUCGCCUCACGAUGGAGUAGAUUGCGAAACAUUUGCAAGAGCACUUUGGUAGACCACAGAGCUCUGCAAUGAGCAGUUACCUUGCUUCUGUUAUAUUCAUGGCAUAAAUAUCUGUGGUGAAGAAACUACACUGCACACUUUGCGCAAUUUAUGGUUUGUGUGGGGCAUCGUGCAAAACAGUUGUCAGAGGCUCUCUUGGAGCAUGCCUUUGGUGCACAGUGUUGGCAAGAACUGCACUUGUUUUUGUUCGCAGUGCAGUUGCAGGAAGCUUUAGCUGUUCUGUAUUGUGCCCUCUGAAUUCGUUACACCUGUGCCAACAUUAUGUUGGUGGUAUUAGAUCCUUGACAAACAGGAAGGCUGGUAAGAAGCUAGUGUCGUCGUACAGCUAGCAACUUGAGCGUCUCGUGCUUGAUCUGUCUUGUAAUGUUGAAUGGGGAGAUACAUUGCAGAGUGACUGCCACCUUUAUCCACUUUUGGAAUUCUGCUUCCUCACGUCCGCUGGCGAAGCAACCGGAGCGUGCAAACAGAUAGCGUUUUGGAGACCACGGUCCCGGUGAUCACAGUCGUGUGCGAUAUUGCGAGGCCGCGUUGCACUUGGCUCGGCCAAGGACUAUAUUAACAAAGUGGCUGCUUGGGCUGAGGCAUCUUUAAGGCUCUUUAGCGCAUCAGUAACAACACGGACUAAAAAGAAGAUUUAGACCAGCACGUGUCCAUGUUUCUUUUUUGGUCUCCGUUAUUACUGUUGUGCUUUACACACCCUCGAAGACGAUAUGAACGCACAGGCACAAUGCGUGGUUGUGUGCUAGUAUGGGGUUAUGGGCUUGCACGUGCAAAGACAGGACAUUAACGAAAGGCGCAGCUCAGGUGCGAGCCCCCCCAAUGUACACAAAAUAAAAGAAGUGUGAAUUGGUGGAUGACAAGCUGCCAUGGGUAUUACUCUACAGAGUAAUAAAAUCGGGCCGCUCAGUUAACCCCUUUCUUGUUCUACGGAGUGGUGUGUCAUCGCACGGUGAAGAUGAGAGUGUGACACUACCACUAGUCGCCUACAAGUUGGUGACGUCAGCAAGCAAGGUUCUGACCAGGGAAGUUGGCUAUUGUGGCUUUGGACACUUAUGGCCAGAUCUGCUGUCAAAAUAGCUCAAUGGCAACAUUUAAUUGCAAUUUCUAUUUUGUAACAAGAAGAGAAAAGGCAAAAAGCAGCGUCAUCAUCAAACCAGAAUGCGAUACGGACUGACUCUGACCUGACAAGCUGACCUGACUCUGGAACACUCUGCGGAGUGUAUUGGAUGGUAACUCUCGUGCUUAGAGAUGACGAUUACCCUGAGAAUAAUAUAGUGCGGUGUAGAUUUAUUGGUGGUAGACAAGUGUGAGCAUAUUCUGUAUCAUGGAAAGACUGAUCAAAAAGUAAAAGUACCUAGUGAAGCUCGUCCUUUAACGCACGUUAAAGGUAAAGACCAACUGCAAAGAAAUUUAUCCUUGGCUAUAUUGGCUAUGACUAGUAUGUACUAUUAACGCAAAUGUGGUAAACUUGUUGGGCUUCUAAUAUUCUUAUAAACAGCCUUUAAAUAGCAGAAUGUUGCUGGGCAAGUUAGCACUUUUUAAUAAAAGCCUGAGGAGUGCAAGCAUGUGCAUACAAUGUCCAGCGAAGAAAAAUAGAAGACAGGUGGAGUGCCUCUACCAGCAAGCUGCUCUUAAAGAAGUACUGACACAAAAUUCUUUGGGCUGUUUUUUGCACUCAGCUACUGAUCCAGUAAUCAUGCUAAAGAAACUUGCUUGCUCCAGUGCCGAUAAUUAUAUGCUCGUAUCUCAC